UAAUUCAGCCAAAACUCAGGUCUCUUUCUCUCUUACUGAAAGAUCUAAACAUUUUCAAGGUCUUUGUCUUCUCUGGUAUAUACCUUCUUUAAAGUUCGACAAAGAAGCACAUAUUGUUUGUUAAAAACUCAUUUAUCCACCCCUAGAAAAAUGUCUACAGGAUGUCUAAGCUGCUUCAAGAAGAAGCAAAGAAAGAAAGAAGACAAACCCGUGGAAACAGAGAGGUUGCCAGAGCCAGUUGGAGAAAAAGAAGAUGUAGAAAAAAAAGAAGGUAUACAUGACAAACCUCUGAAAGGAGAGAGAUUGCCAAAGCCGGUUGAAAAAAAAGAAACAGAUGUGAAGUGUAGCGCGUACAAGAAGAAGUACGAGGAUGGCAUAUUCAGACCCAAAGCAGAAUGGAAGACGUCACCAGCCUCACAUGUAGGCAGCAGCGAUGUUGGACCAAAAAUGAACUAUGUUUAUGGAGAUCACUACGCAGAAACAGAUGUAUCUUCUUCAUCAAUGAAUAAUGAAUUCAACAAAGUGAAGACCUUUGAUAUACGAGGAGUCACAGACGACGCGGCCAAGUGAAUAAGAGAAAGAGGUUCAGCGAUGCGUCGUUCAUCACAUGAAAACUUAAGAGAGGAUAUUUAUACAUGAAAUUGUACGGCUCUCUUGAUUAAUGUUAUCUUGUCUUUGAGCAAUUGAUUUCUACUUUUAUGUAUGUGUAUCAUGUGAUUUCAUGUUUAUCAAUGGACGCAUAUGGUGAUUUGGAUGUUGGAAGGUAAAAA